UUUUUAAUGCAUUUCCGCGCGCUUAACCAUAUAUUUACCAAGUUUUUGUUUACAAAUAAAAGCGCAACUGCGCUCCACACACGCAGCAUGGCCUGCAGCAGAUAUGAAUAUGUUAAGUCGUACGAACAGGAUGAUAAAAUUUUGCCAAAUGUUUGGAUUGUGAUACGCAUCGAUGGCAAAAAGUUUCACAAGUUCGCCAACGCGCACAAAUUUGAAAAGCCCAACGAUGAAAAUGCUUUGAAUGUUAUGAAUGCGGCUGGCAUUGCUGUUAUGGAGGAAUUUCGGGAUAUUGUUCUCGGCUAUGGCCAAAGCGAUGAGUAUUCCUUUGUCUUUCGCAAGGACACGUCGGCAUUUAAGAGACGCGCUGCCAAGCUGCUUAGCUAUGUGACGAGCAUGUUCACCAGCAGCUAUGUGUUGAGCUGGUCGCAAUGGAUGCAGCGCCCUCUGAGCUACGCACCCUGCUUCGAUGGCCGUAUUGUGCUCUAUCCCUCGGACGAAAAUCUGCGCGAUUACUUAAGCUGGCGACAAGCCGAUGUCCAUGUAAAUAAUUUGUAUAAUACGGCAUUUUGGAAGCUUGUAUUGGAGUCGGGUCUAACGAAUCAACAGGCCGAGGAACGGCUGCGCGGAACAUUCUCCUCUGACAAGAAUGAGUUGCUCUUCCAAGAGUUUGGUAUCAACUACAACACGUUGCCUGCAAUGUAUCGUAAGGGAACGAUAUUGCUGCGCAAGCGUGUAGUGCUAGACUCGCAAGACGAGCAGGAGAAGGGCAGGCAGGCCAUAGUACCCAUACAUGAGGAUUUAAUUGGCAAUGAAUUUUGGAAGCAACAUACCGAGAUUCUAGGAAAAUAUGUGCCGGGUAAGCACGUGGUUAACAGCUUAAAUAAACACCUGGAGAGACAGCUCGCCAAACAGCUGGAAAAACAGGCAACGAUAGCGGAGAUUUGACUUAUGACAAUAGUUUAAUUAUAAUUAUUACAAAUUA